AACGGAAAAAGCUAGAAGCUAGUUAAUGUCUUUCUCCACGAUCAUCAGCAACAAUAGCUUCCUCUCUAUCGCUACAAAGUUCACUACUCGUGGAUCUCGUCUUCAGUGCACAUUAGCAAUGGCUCGAUCUGCGGUUGAUGAGACAUCGGAUUCCGGAGCUUUUCAGAGAACCGCAUCAACAUUCCGUAACUUCGUUUCAAGAGAUUCCAACUCUCAGUUUCCAGCUGAAUCUGGCAGAUACCAUCUUUACAUAUCCUAUGCUUGUCCAUGGGCUUCUAGAUGUCUCUCAUACUUGAAGGUCAAAGGACUUGACGAUGCAAUAAGCUUCUCGUCUGUGAAACCUAUUUGGGGAAGAACCAAGGAAAGCGAUGAGCAUAUGGGAUGGAUCUUCCCGGAUUCAGAUACUGAGGUUCCAGGAGCUGAUACUGACCAUCUUAAUGGUGCUAAGAGUGUAAGAGAGCUCUAUGAGAUUGCUAGCCCCAAUUACACCGGGAAGUAUACUGUUCCUGUUCUAUGGGAUAAGAAGCUCAAGACUGUUGUGAACAAUGAGAGCGCGGAGAUUAUCCGGAUGUUCAACACCGAGUUCAACCAUAUUGCGGGAAAUCCCGAGCUCGACCUUUACCCUUCUCAUCUCCAAGCUAAAAUCGAUGAAACUAAUGAAUGGGUUUACGAUGGGAUAAAUAACGGUGUCUAUAGAUGCGGGUUUGCUAAGAAACAAGGACCUUACGAGGAGGCAGUUAAGCAAGUGUAUGAAGCCUUAGAUAGAUGCGAGGAGAUUCUUGGAAAACAUCGGUACAUCUGUGGUAACACUUUGACUGAAGCAGAUAUCAGAUUCUUUGUCACUCUUAUAAGAUUCGACGAGGUUUAUGCGGUCCACUUUAAGUGCAACAAGAAACUCUUGAGGGAGUAUCCGAAUCUGUUCAACUACACGAAAGACAUUUUCCAAGUCCCCGGUAUGAGUAGCACCGUGAACAUGAAUCACAUCAAGCAGCAUUACUAUGGAAGCCACCCUUCCAUUAACCCUUUUGGAAUCAUUCCUCAUGGACCAAACAUCGAUUACUCUUCGCCUCAUGAUCGUCACAGAUUCUCCAGAUGAGAAUCAUCUUCUCCAAAGAUCAAAUCUUUUCCACACUUGAGUUGAGUUUCUUCUGUCUUCUGAAAAGUUAGAACCAUCUUUACCAAAUAAGCAAAGUUGCGUCUUCUUCUUCAACGUUGAAAGUGAUGUUUUGGGAAGUAUAAAAGCUUUCUGUGUUUACAAUUUGCAAUCUUCAGGGUUGAAAACAAUGUUUGUGUGAACAUAAUAUAUUCUACUUCGGCUCCAACGUUGUGUUAUACUGAAAAUGUUCUUUACUCGCAACAAUUUAUGUGAAAAUUAGUCGUA